AUGAACCUUCGUCGCGCUGCCAUCUGUCUCCUUGGAGGCAUGCCUCUCCUCAUCGCCGCUGAGGGCGGGUUCUUCAUGAACGACCCCCGCGACAACAACAAUGAGCACGUCCUCGCCGCCCGCGACAAUGCCGCUCAGGUCGAGGACACCAAGGGAACCACCGUCAUCAAGACCACCCUCACCACGACCACCACCAUCCCCUCCACCACCCAGACCAGCAUCAACACCCCCCUCUCCGUCUCCAACGCCCUCGCCAGAACCGUCAACCCGGCCGCCACCAACACCCAGGCCCAGGCCUCGCCCGCCCGCCCCUACAACUCCACCGGCGGCGGCAAGAAGAACAAGACCCUCCUCACCAACAAGCUGACCAUCGCCGCCGACUCGGAGCCCGCCGCCGGCUUCAUCAAGACCUGCAUCACCUGGAAGGUCUGGGACGCCAACAACCACCUCUGGGCCAAGUGCCGCGCCCGCGGCAAGGGCAAGUGGUUCUGGUCCCGCAUCGGCCUCGACCACAUGCUCGGCAACGUCGGCGGCCGCCUCGUCUACCAGAAGGAGGGCUACUUCUCCUCCUCGUGCGUCUCCUGCUCCCGCCACAAGGACAGCCGCAGCUACUUCCAGUGCGAGUGCAAGGACAGCAAGGGAGAGUUCCAGAGGACCGUCAUCGAUCUGGACCUCUACCUGGCCAACCACGAUGGCUUCGUCUGCUCCGAGUACCAGUGCGGUGUUCGUGAGGACCCCCCUCCCGGCGUCGAGGAGUAA